AUGACCACACCAGGCUUCGUAGCUGCGAAUCGGGUGGUGAUGAAGGUUGAAGUAGAGGUCGGAGUAGUGAUCGAGGUAGUGAUCGAAGCAAAAGUCAAAAUAACUGGUGAUAUUGUCAAAACAGAUUGUUUACAAAAGGCGAUCUUGAAUGGAGAUGAUGGUGGAAGUUAUGAUAGUAAAAUCGGUGGUUGUGGUGAAAUCGGCAGCUGUGCAUUAAGGCAUAGCCGUUAUAAGAAAAAAGUUUUUAUGGAUUAG